AUGAUGGCGGCGGCCGUGGCGGCGGGGGGAGCCCCCGAGGUGAUCGCCCAGCUGGAGAACGCGGCUAAAGUGCUGAUGGCACCACCUUCCAUGGUCAAUAAUGAACAACGUCAGCAUGCUGAACACAUAUUCUUAUCGUUUAGAAAAUCAAAAUCACCGUUUGCUGUUUGCAAGCAUAUUUUAGAAACUAGUAAAGUGGACUAUGUCCUUUUUCAAGCCGCCACCGCAAUAAUGGAAGCAGUUGUACGAGAAUGGAUUCUAUUGGAAAAGAGUAGCAUUGAAUCACUACGAACAUUCCUUUUAACGUAUGUCUUACAAAGGCCGAACCUCCAGAAGUAUGUACGGGAGCAGAUAUUGUUAGCAGUAGCAGUAAUAGUGAAACGAGGGUCCUUAGACAAAUCAAUUGAAUGCAAGAGCAUUUUUCAUGAAGUCAGCCAAUUGAUAAGCAGCGGUAACCCCACUGUGCAAACAUUGGCUUGUUCCAUUUUAACGGCAUUGUUGAGCGAGUUCUCAAGUUCAAGUAAAACCAGCAACAUUGGACUAAGCAUGGAGUUCCACGGUAACUGCAAACGAAUAUUUCAGGAGGAUGAUCUCCGUCAGAUUUUCAUGCUUACAGUAGAGGUACUACAGGAAUUCAGCCGGCGUGAAAACCUUAACGCUCAGAUGUCUUCAGUCUUUCAACGUUACCUUGCACUAGCCAAUCAGGUCUUAAGCUGGAAUUUUCUUCCUCCAAAUUUAGGCAGACAUUAUAUAGCUAUGUUUGAAUCCUCACAAAAUGUGAUGCUAAAGCCAACAGAGUCCUGGCGCGAGACCCUCCUGGACAGCAGAGUUAUGGAGCUUUUCUUUACAGUACAUCGAAAAAUUAGAGAAGACACAGAUAUGGCACAAGACUCGCUGCAGUGCCUAGCCCAGCUAGCCUCUCUUCAUGGGCCAGUGUUUCCGGAUGAAAGUUCUCAAGUCGAUUACUUGGCUCACUUCAUUGAGGGAUUGCUCAACACGAUCAAUGGAAUUGAGAUAGAGGACUCUGAAGCAGUGGGGAUAUCCAGUAUAAUCAGCAACUUGAUCACUGUAUUUCCUCGCAAUAUAUUAACAGCCAUUCCAAAUGAACUUUUUUCUUCGUUCGUUCACUGCCUCACACACCUCACUUGCUCUUUUGGCAGAAGUGCUGCCUUGGAAGAAGUGCUUGACAAAGAUGACAUGGUAUACAUGGAGGCAUAUGACAAGCUCUUGGAAUCCUGGCUUACUUUGGUGCAAGAUGAUAAACAUUUCCAUAAAGGCUUCUUUACCCAACAUGCUGUUCAGGUUUUUAAUUCUUACAUCCAGUGCCACUUAGCUGCUCCUGAUGGUACAAGGAAUUUGACUGCCAACGGUGUGGCCUCUAGGGAGGAGGAAGAGAUAAGUGAGCUGCAGGAGGAUGACAGAGAACAGUUUUCUGACCAGCUGGCCAGCGUAGGCAUGUUGGGAAGAAUUGCCGCCGAGCACUGUAUACCUCUCCUUACAAGUCUAUUAGAAGACAGAGUGACGAGGCUUCAUGGCCAGUUACAAAGGCAUCAGCAGUUAAUUGGCUCACCAGGAUCAGGAUCCAUUGACAAUAAAGCACUUGAUGAUCUAUAUGAGGACAUUCAUUGGCUUAUUCUCGUCACAGGCUACCUCUUAGCUAAUGAUACUCAGGGAGAGACUCCGCUAAUACCUCCAGAAAUAAUGGAGUAUUCCAUUAAGCAUUCAACUGAGGUUGACAUCAAUACAACGCUUCAAAUUCUUGGAUCUCCAGGAGAAAAGGCCUCUUCCAUUCCAGGGUACAACAGAACCGAUUCUGUUAUUAGGUUAUUGUCUUCUAUUCUAAGAGUUUCGGAAGUGGAGUCUCGAGCAAUAAGAGCAGAUCUAACGCACCUUCUGAGCCCACAAAUGGGAAAAGAUAUUGUGUGGUUCCUUAAGCGGUGGGCAAAAACUUAUCUCCUAGUAGAUGAAAAACUAUAUGACCAGAUAAGCCUGCCAUUCAACACAGCAUUUGGUGCUGACACUGAGGGUGCACAAUGGAUUGUGGGUUACCUCUUAGAAAAAGUAAUCAGCAAUCUUGCAGUGUGGAGCUCGGAGCAGGACCUUGCAAAUGACACUGUUCAGUUGCUAGUAACGUUGGUAGAAAGGAGAGAGAGGGCAAAUUUAGUAAUUCACUGUGAAAACUGGUGGAACUUAGCAAAGCAGUUUGCCAGGCGGAAUCCACCUCUUCACUUUUUGUCCAGCUCUGUGCAACGAACAUUAAUGAAAGCCUUAGUUCUUGGAGGUUUCGCUCACAUGGACUCAGAUACCAAACAGCAGUAUUGGACAGAGGUUCUCCAGCCACUUCAACAGCGAUUCUUGAAUGUGAUAAACCAAGAGAACUUCCAGCAGAUCUGCCAAGAGGAGGAGGUGAAACAGGAAAUCACUGCCACCUUAGAGGCACUUUGUGGCAUUGCUGAGGCUACCCAGAUAGACAAUGUAGCAAUUCUCUUUAAUUUUCUAAUGGACUUCCUCACCAAUUGCAUUGGACUAAUGGAGGUGUACAAGAAUACGCCAGAGACUGUUAACCUCAUCAUAGAAGUUUUUGUUGAAGUUGCACAUAAACAAAUAUGCUAUCUUGGAGAGUCUAAAGCCAUGAAUUUGUAUGAAGCUUGCCUGACCCUACUUCAAGUAUAUUCCAAGAAUAAUUUAGGUAGGCAGCGAAUAGAUGUUACAGCAGAAGAGGACCAAUAUCAGGAUCUUCUUCUCAUCAUGGAGCUUCUUACUAACCUGCUUUCAAAAGAAUUUAUAGAUUUCAGUGAUACAGAUGAAGUAUUUAGGGGGCAUGAACCUGGGCAAGCCACAAACAGAUCUGUAUCAGCAGCAGAUGUUGUCUUAUAUGGGGUGAAUCUAAUUCUGCCUUUAAUGUCCCAAGAUUUGCUAAAAUUUCCAUCACUAUGUAAUCAGUACUACAAACUAAUCACGUUUAUUUGUGAAAUAUUUCCUGAGAAAAUUCCACAACUUCCAGAUGACUUGUUUAAAAGCCUUAUGUAUUCAUUAGAAUUAGGGAUGACGUCAAUGAGUUCAGACGUUUGCCAGCUCUGCUUAGAAGCUCUGACGCCAUUAGCAGAGCAGUGUGCAAAAGCACAGGAGACAGACUCAUCCCUCUUUUUAGCAACAAGGCACUUUCUUAAGAUGGUUUUUGAUAUGCUGGUACUGCAAAAGCACAAUACAGAGAUGACAGCUGCAGCAGGUGAAGCAUUUUACACGUUAGUAUGUUUGCAUCAGGCUGAAUAUUCUGAAUUAGUUGAAACAUUAUUAUCAAGUCAACAAGAUCCAAUAAUUUACCAGCGGUUAGCAGAUGCCUUCAACAAACUUACUGCAAGCAGCACUCCGCCUACGCUGGACCGUAAGCAGAAGAUGGCCUUCCUCAAAAGUUUAGAAGACUUUAUGUCAAAUGUCGGCGGACUCCUCUGUGUAAAGUAAACUCCAGAACUGUAUGCCUAACUUAGACCCUUUCUGCAAAAUGCACUGAAAAACGCUGAAAGCUGACUUAAUCGUAAUGCCUGUUUCUGGGUUUUUCGCAGCCAUCUAAGAUUUUAGAGAGCCUGGAAGUUUUGAUAUAGUGCAGUGGAAUAGGAGAUGUCAACUCUAAAAUCAGCUUCUGCUAAUAUGUGUUAGCCACAGUCUGUCAUACCUUUUUAUGUUGUACAGAAUAAACAGAAAAACUGAAAUCUUAAAAAAAGAAUUCCACAAGUGCAUACAGAUAUGGGGCACAGUAAAAACAAGAACCAGUGCCUUGUCCCAAAUGGCCUCAAAUAAUGACGAUUCAAACUCCUAAAAGAUUUUUUGUUGUUGUUGCUAUAAACCCUUUUAGUGUGUGAUUUAGACACAUGCAGAACUGUAAAAAAAAAUCCUAAGCUUUAUUUUUCCUCUCUGAAAACUCUGUGUAAUCCAGUGAAGAAGAAGAAAAACAAGACCACCAAAUGAUAUUUUUUAACUUGGAUUUAGUUUUGUUUUGUUUUUUACAUCAACCUGGCGUUGCAUGUUUGUGUACAAGUUUCUACAUUAUAUGCUGCUGCCCUAAAGUUCAGAAAGAAGAAAGGUGUAUAUUUUUGUUUCCCCUGAAGUGAACUUUAGGAACUGUAGCCAUUUCAUUGCCUUAAUUUAAAACAAUUUUUUUAAUAAAAAGCUGAGGUAAGUUAGGUGAGAAAUCUAAGGCAAGCUUUGGGUCUUCAGGUCUGGUUUAGAAUGUUGGCAUUAAGCUGCUGUGUAUCUGCUUGCAGCCUUUGUGUGUGGAGAGUAUUAUGUCAGUGUGAGUGUAAAGAGAAGUUCUUGUGUAAUUUUACUUUAAAUACCUGUUGAUUCACACCCAGGUCACACACAACUGCAGUGUAUUUCUAGACUGAACUGUUUGCUGAAGCAAUAAUGUUUCAAAAGGUGUAAAUUAUUGAUUUCUACAAACUGUUUUUUAUAUUGGGGCAUUAGAUUCAAUGGCUAGACUACCUGAGUGUCAAACUCUUCUAGCCAAGGGCCAUGGAUGCUUAAUUUCACAAUUCAGAAUACUGAACUGUGAUCUGAUGUCUUUCCACCAUCGUCAGAUUCUCAGUGCUGUCUUCUGCUGCUCUGAUCCCAUUUGUUCAAUGUGUUGGCACUUUAAAGAUUUAAGAUUAUCUGUAUGGUUUUCAUUCUGCACCCACCAAAUAGGAGGUUGCCAUGGGAACAAAGUGUCAGGAAUUCAAUAAUAUAGAAGCAGGGAAUUUGCUAAUAGUUACAAGCCAAACUAAACCAACAUGAAUGCAUAUGCUGCUGAUUUAAAAUGAACAAUUAUUGAUGAAGGAAGGGGAUAAUUUGUCUCCAAGGCAUUGUGUUUCAUAUUCUGCAAGAUGUGAGCUAUUGAAUGUCUCAAAGGAAUUGUUUUUACAUUUUAUAUGGGGAUGUAUAAAACACUUGCCUCUUCAUAGCAUCAUGUUUGCAACUGCAUGCCAUCCUUGAGCUAUUCAUCUCAAAAUUUAAUCACACUACCAUUUGAAAUCUUUAGCAUUGUGGAGUGUUAUAAGGGUCCAAAACAUAAUUCUUUAAUUCCGUCUUGACAAGCCAUGAACUCAGAAAUCAGAGCCUCUAAUUUCUGGAAAUGUGAGAUACCAUGAUUAUCUCUAGAAGCAUUAAAAAUGAGCAAGUUUGCAAGAUUCCUUUUAAAGUGGAAAAUACCUGCAAGGCAAUAGUGGAUCUUGCCCAGGGAUUGUACCUUCUUGGUUGGUUUGGGGAAGAGUCUGCCAAACACUGCUGCUGUACAAACUCCAUUUGUUUCAGGGGUGUGUGUUCCGGUUUCCUUGCAGCUCAGUGCAAAAUAAAUGGAACUUGUGCACAACUUUGCUUGGUGGAUUGCUUUUAAAAUUAAGAGUUGUCAAGACUUAUUUGUAAUCUUAAACUUACUUCCUCAUUUUAAAUGUAUAUUAUAUUAAAGGGACACUGUCCAGUACAUUUUUACCUGACAUUUUGUAACUGUUAGUAAUUUCUCAGGAGGCUAACUUUCCUGUUUUUGUAUUUUUUUAAAGUAUGAAUAACAUUCUAUCUUGUCCUUCCCCAUCCAACAUGUUUCCAGAUGUCACAUUAUGUAUCUCUACUUUCUGAUUGUAGGCAUUUAAACAAUUUCUGGCAUAUUACAGUAGCUCUGGAAACCUGUUUUGGGGCAUAUGCACCUUCACCACACUGCAAAGCUCUUUAUUGGUCAACUGUGUCCAUGUCUCUUUUCUUUUCUGUUUUUAAAGCAGUCUUUAAUUGGGAUACUUCGUACUUCUGCUAAUGGUGCACAAACUAGGCCCAUGAAAGUCAAUAAAAACGCACAAUG